CUUGAUUAAAAAAAUAUUAUAGUCUUCGAAAAAUCAACCUCUGUCUCCCACUGAUGGCUCCCCUAUGUACUUUUGUGUCACAUUUUACCAACCCUUACGGUGACCGAGAUACCAAAUAAUAUUUCCAAGUCGCAGAAAAAGUAACAAUCUUGGAGCAAUAAUGGUCCAAGAGAAUCACCAGAGCUUAGGAAGCAAUAGUAACCUAUCCAACGAAAUUAAUGCCAACCACAAUAAUCAGAUAGACCCAACUGCAGGCCCUCGAAGCCCUGCUGCCACCGCUGAAAAUGCGGAUUAUUACCGUGAAUUUCUUACUGAACUGGUGGACUCAAUACGAAAUGAAGAUCAAGCAAUGGUAGCUCGCAUUGUUGGUCUUAUACAAUCUGGUGCACCUCAGGAUGAGGUUCUUGGUGCGGUCCGGAGCGCAAAUCGUCAGUGCGAAAAAUGAGGGUAUUCGCCACGGUUCUGCGUAUGGAACUGUCUAGCUGCACUUG